AUGGCCGAGGAUGACGAACCUGAAUCGGAAACAAGCAAUCUGGUCUGGGUAAACAGUUUGCUCAGGGCUCUUUGGCCAAAGGCCACGGCAGCCUUGGUGGCCUUCGCCCGCAAUGAGCUAACAUCCAAGCUACAGCAUGGACUGCCGCUUCCCUUCAAGCGUGCACACUUUGCAAGGUUCUCUCUUGGGGACGGGGUUCCCAGCUUUGGUCCGAUUGAUGUCAUUCGUCGAUCUGACAGCCACAUAUGCAUUGAGGUGGAAAUGCGCUAUUUCAGCAUCGUGGACAUUCUGCUGUCGGGGUAUGAAGGGUCGGGUGUGUCGGUGGGAGUUCAACAGAUUAGAUUCCAUGGAAGGUUGUGCAUGGAAAUGAAGCCGGUCCUGGACACCUGGCCAGUUGUUGGUGCCGUUUUGAUAUCCUUUGCUGGACAACCGCAGUUGGAGUUGGAGUUUAAGGGCAUUGCAGACGCUCCUCUGCCGGGUUUGGCCAAGAAGAUUCAAGGCAUCGUGGAUGCCUCACUGUCCCAUUUUGUGCUUCCGAAUUGCAAGUGCAUCCGCCUCACGACUGAUGAGCGUUUGUUGAAUUUGGCGGCUUGCGGCAGGGAGCCCAUCGGUGUCCUUGAAGUGCGAGUUUUACGGGGCAUCAACUUGGCAGGUGCCAACUGGCGCGUGGCGAUGGGCUCCAACGUGCGAAGCUUCAACUCCAACCCGUACUGUGUGAUACAGGUGGGCAGCAGUACAGCACAGACGAGCACAGUCAAAGCAACCACAAACCCCGAUUGGAAUGACAACCCUUUCUUUUUCAUCGUCUAUCACAGAGAUCAAGAACUCCUGAUCGAUGUCAGAGAUGAUGAUGGCGGUUUUCUGCAGCGAAACUUUGUCGGACUCCUUGGGCGCUUGCGCAUUACGGUUCGUGAGCUACUUUCACACAGGCCUCGACCAGACUCAGGGGCCUGCCGUUUUGCACUGGAUACUUCGCAGGUCAAACGCGGGCUGCUUCAUGUAGAUGAUCCGGUCAACACUGGAGUACCCUCAGAGCUGGAUGUUCUUGGCAGGUGGUUUGAGAUUUCUCAACGCAUGCCAGACAUUGAGCAUGCCCCUGCCUGUGCGCCUGGUGGCAUAAUCUUGGUGGAGCUUCAUGGUGGAACUGGGUUCCCAGAGGAACUCGCAGGUUCAAGCUUGACCAGUUUGUUCUGGGCCUGCUCGCUGAGCGAAGAUGGAGUGCAUGGCAGUAGCUACCGCAGUUCCGCAGGGAGGCGGUCUCCUGAGGAGCCCGAUUUCCAUUUGCCCAUACCCCAGUGCCUGUAUCAGGCCAUUGACCAGCUCACGGCUAGAGGUGUUGAGCCUAAAGAGGUGGCUGAUAUCGUUCAGGUUGACCAUGCGCAAGUCCUUCAGUACCUGUCUGCCAAGUCGCGCUUUCUACAAGAUGUGUCCGCGCGGCAGCUGGAGACUGGUGAGGAUCACUGUGUCGAAGUGGCAUGGCACGAAACGUUGGCGAUGCUUGUUGCCAAGCCACUUGCGACUCAUGUCCAUCUCACUCUCUUACAUGCUGACCGUGUUCUCGGUGACGUUGAGCCCAUCAGAGUCGCGGAUGCGCUAUCCGGUGCCGGGCAACUGCGGAGGUUGUGCAGUUUUCGUCCGGCAGAUGCGGCUGGAGCUGCCCACUACCUCGAACGUCCAGGCAAGCUCUCGGCAUGGAUGUUCCCAGCAUGCACUGCGCCCGCUCCAUCCACGAAGCGCUUCAAGCCUGUGCGCAUGGAAGUUUCUUUGCGCUACCAAUCCCUCGCGCCGCGAAUAGAAUCGGCCUGA